GUACGAUGGAGCGCCGACGGCGACAGCUUUGUGGUCUUGGAGGUACGGAUGUGGUGCCAAAACUUGGAAACCGUUGGGGAUGCUUCGAUAUUGAUUCCUGGGACGCUUUUGCAGAACGAGAAGUUCACCAAGACGAUCCUCCCCAAACACUUCAAGCACAGCAACUUUGCGAGUUUUGUCCGUCAAUUAAACAAGUACGACUUCCACAAAGUCAGACACAACGAGGAGAGUGGCGAGUCGCCAUACGGACGAGAUGCGUGGGAGUUUCGGCACCCCGAGUUCAGGGCCGACAGAAAAGACAACCUGGACAACAUCCGGAGGAAGGCCCCCGCCCCACGAAAGGCGCCGCCGGCCGAGGAUGCUUUUCCGGCCUCGCAGCAGGUCAUCGUCCUGAGCGAGUCACUCACAGCGACUCAACACCAAAUCCAGGCGCUACAGGAACAGUACUUUGAACUCGAAAAAACUAAUAAGCUGCUCGUUAGUGAGGUGGUGAGUUUGCAGAAGAUGGUCAAGGCGCAGAGCCAGGCGGCCAACGAGGUCAUCACACAUCUGAACAACGUCGAAGACCGCCGGCGCAACAGCCGUCACUCGGCUCAGUCCGGCCCCUCGGGUCAGACAGGUCAAACCUUCCACGCUGGGUCGACAGGCUUCUUGCCGGACGGGGCGGACGAGCCCGCGCCAGAGCUGCGGCGAGCUAGGGAGAUUCUCAACGGCGUGUCUCCGGAUGUCCAGGCAGACAGGGAACUCGAGAGGCUGUCAAUGGCCUACAACCAAAACGGAUCCCCCGCCGAUUCAGCGGGCUCCUCGUCCGUCAUGUUUGCGCAUCCCGGCCCAGGGGGGAUGCCGCUUGUCCAUGACCCCCUCAACGACCCUCGGCACAUGGUGUACCCGGUGGGACAGACGACGGGCAUAGACCCCUUCCACGCUGACCACAUCCACAAUAUCCCUUACAGCCGACCAUUGAGUAACCCCGCUAUCCAGGCGGAAGCCUCAGCGCAGGUCACGCCUCCGCUCAAGGAACAGUUGGGGUCCAUUUGGCGCGGCAAGAAACCCCAUAUCCUGCUCGUCGAAGACGACAAGACGUGUGCGAGGAUAGGGUCGAAGUUUCUCACCAUCAACGACUGCGUUGUCGACAUUGCUCGUGAUGGCCUAGAAGCAGUCGAAAAGGUCAACCGCGACGCCGAGCGUUUCGAUCUUAUCUUCAUGGACAUCAUCAUGCCCCACCUGGACGGUGUAUCGGCCACAGCCAUGAUCCGCAUGGUCGCGCCGCAGGUGCCGAUCGUCGCCAUGACUUCGAACAUCCGGCAAGAAGACAUCCAGACCUACUUCCAAUUCGGGAUGAACGACGUGCUAGCGAAACCCUUCACCCGCGACGGCAUGGUCCGCAUCCUCCGCAAGCACCUCACCCGCAUGCUCAAAGACCCGCAAUCAGCCGCAGGCCUCGUCGGCGCCGACGACCCCAUGUCGCAAAACCUAGCCGUAGCCGGCCACGGCCCGGGUCCCCCGACAGCCGCCUCCACCUCCGCCCAGGGCUACGCGCCCGCCAACAUGGCCGCCGCAAUGGCGGGCUCCAUGGCAGCCGCCGCCGCCGCAGGGCCCCAGGUCAAAUUCGAGCACACCCCGAUCCAGUCCCCCUCCACCGUCUCGUCGUGGCACUCCCCCGGUCAGCAGAUGCACCAUCCGCAUUCGACGUCGCCGACCAGCGUCGAUGGCGGCAACGCCGUUGCCGCAGCGGGAGGAUACAUGAGCGCUGUCGGGAGUGCGGUUGGGCCCGGUGGAAUGGUGUUGACGCCGGGCGGGUCCCAGCAGCAGCAACAGCCGCAGCAGCAGCAGAGACCGCCGCCCCCGCCGCCGCAGCAUCCGCAUCCGCAUCAUGCCCACCACCAGCAGCAACAACAGCAUCAUGCCCAGCAACAUCAUCACCCGCAGCAGGCAGCGGGCGGGUAUGGUGGGUAUAUGCCCGGGUCGCACCAGCAGGUCGCGGGGGCGCAUCAUAUGGGCGGGCUGCAUGCUGUUGGUGGUGGGGGAGCGGCCGGAGGGGAUGAUCGGCCGGAGAAGAGGCAACGCUUGUCGUAUGGGCCUGGGCCGCAGGGGUAUGUGCAAUAGGUCGGGUUUGGCUGGGGAGUUGAAUUUCGGGCGGUUUUCGUUCGGAAGAGAGGUUGGGGGCGGGUCGUCGUCGUCGUCGCGUGUGCUGAGAGCUCCCGGGGGGUUCGUCUCUUCGGGGAUGGUGGGUGGCGUAGAUGGGCGAGUUUGUAGUUGGGUGGGCUGGAGUUGAAGAUUCGAAAUUCGGGCCCAAAAGCUGGACUGGGAGUGAAAUUCUGAGAAACUUAAACGCCAAGGGUGGAUGGAUGGUUGGUUAAAUGGUUAAGCUGAUAUAGCUGAUAGCAGAAACACACACACAGAGACGCAUGGAUUUGGUUUGUAUCGUGGCAUUGGGUUUUGCGUCGUCGGGACGGGACGGGUUUAUUAUCUGUCCGGCUUUCUGAACUGGAUUGGACUGGCUGUGUAGAUAUGGUAGGUAGGUAGGUAGCUUCGGUUAUUGGCAAGUAUGGACUGGCUUGGGGAGAACCCGCCGGGAGGUUCAGCAGUUGUACGACUGUGG